CUGAAUCAGACAAUGAAGAUCAUACAGCUUCAGAUCUAUCUGUUGAUGUGGUCUCAAGCCUCAGAGAGUCUAACAAACAUAGCAGUAACUUUAGGAGCUGAUGUGAUUAUAAGCUGUGAUCUUGAUAUAGAGGAGAUUUACUGGUACAGACAGAAACUACUGGAUCCUCCAGUGUUCAUCUUACGCACUUUUGAUAGCACAUACGAAGGAGCUGAAUAUGAAAACAGCAAUUUAACACACAAAUACUCAGUGAAAACUAACAGCAGUCUGCUCAUCAGAAAUAUCAGCACUGAUGAAUUAGGAGUUUAUUAUUGUGUCAAAACUAGUGAACCACUAAAAUUCAGCAACGGCACAAAAAUCUACAUCAGCGAUUCAGUUCAUGUGAAUCAGACAAAAUCAAAUGAUGCUCCACAACAGGGGAUACCAUGGAGAAACCUGACCAUCACAUCUGCCCUGUUCAAUGUGCUUUUGAUCAUUGCAGUAAUAGGUUUGGGAAAGAGCUACCUUCAGUCAAGAAGAUUUAAAAAUAGUUCAGAGAACCAUCAAAGUACCACAACAGCCCAAUACUCAAAUGGCUCACAGUAUGCUGAAGUUGAUUUUAACAUGCACCCCAACCCCAGUGAAAACAGGCCUUGCCAGGAGCAGAGCAUCUACUCUCUUCUACAGCCAAUAACAAUUAAGAAGUAA